UAUUAAAUUGCCGUAAAAAUUGCUGUGAUUGCUAUCAGCGGAGUGAAUAUACUCCGUGGUAGUUAAAUAUCUUAAAAUAUAGAUUUUAGUUAAUCUAGCCGCUUUACAUUAAAUUACAGAAACCACUUUGCGAUUUAAAUGGCUACAACAUUAGUAAAUUAUUUAGAUAAUUACAAAUAUUUUGUUACAAAAAAUCCUUUGUUAGCUAAUGAAAUCGAAGUUGCAUUAAAAUGGAUGUCAUAUAUUGCGGCUGGUCGCUUUUCAAGGUCAACUGUUGUAACAGAAUUAAUACAUUCUGUUUCAAAUUUACUUGCUCUAGUAAACGAUAAUAUAUUAAGGAAAGCAGCUGGAAUACCGGUUCAUGUUAAUGUUGCUGUUGAAAAAUUGCAGACGCUUUUAGCUUUGAUAGAAUAUUCUGAAGUAUUCGCUGAAGUUGCUGCUCGUCGAAUCAGUGGAUCUAAAGGAAAAUGGCUUGUAAUUGCAUCAAUACAAUUUAUAAAGACUGUAAUUCGUAUUCUUCUUAUACUUAAAUAUGAUCAAGGACUGCAGCAUUCUCCACCAAUCAAACCCUUAAACAGACGACAUGAUCUUUCCCAGUUAUGUGAAGGAAAGGGAAAUCCAAAUGCAGCUGCUAUUAUUUCAAAAAAUGUAGAAGUUACAUUUAAGUUAAAAAGAUCUGGUCGAGCAGUACGAACAUUAGAUACAGCACCUCCACUGGUAUCUAGGACUUGGAAACUACCAAAAGAGGAUGAAAAUAUGCAACUGAAUAGACUUCCUUCAAAACUUACUGAAGAGUAUCUUGCAGGAGAGAUUUUACAUGUCUGUCGACCAUUAGUUCAUUUAUUGUCACUCCAAGCAUUUGGAGAAUUUUCUUGGAAACCUUGGCUCAUAGCAUUUGGAAUGGAUGCCACAAGCUGGAAUAUAUUAAGGAAAAGUAAGAACUUCAACCAAGUGGAAAAGUUUGAGAUCAACAGACGUGCCUUAUCUUUAAUUCUUUACCUGUUGAGAUCUCCAUUUUAUGAUCAGUAUUCAAAGUGUCAAAUUAUAGCCUUUCUUAAGAGCAUAAUUGAUAAUGUUAUAGGAAGUGGACUGAUACUGCGUCCAUUAAUGGAAUACAUUCCUGAAGUACAACAGAUUUAUUUUUACACUUGGUCCUUGUAACUAUUUUAAUGGAUGAGGUUAUUUCAGCGUAAAAUGUAUUUAUUGUGCAAUUUUUAGCUCAGUUUUUUGUAAUCGUACUAUUUUUAUAACUACAUAGUUUUUCUGAAUCUUGUAUUUAUAUCCCAUGCAUUUGUAUGUUUCAAAUUAUUAUUCAUUAUGUAAUAUAAAUAUUUUGAUAUUAUGCCUAGCAAUUAGUUCGAUAUCAUCCAGUGAAAAGUUUUACUUUUUAUGCAAACAAGUGAAGUGAAUAUUUCUAGAUUUGUCAUUUAAAAUGUAUAUAAAUUUUAUCUUCAACAGUUGCAUCAAAAAUAAGCUAAACAACUGCUCUUAAUAUUUUAUUAAAUCUUUCUCUUAAAACUA